AUGGUACGGUACCUUGAUGGCUAUUGCGUCAGUGUUUACGUUUUUUUGGAUAUGAACAUGAAGGAUUAUGAAUUGGUCGUGUUUAUAAGCUAACGUUAUCAUUAUUAGUAAGCUAGUUAGCUUUCUGCAAUCACAACAGUACGUUGUGCACUGCUCUGUCUGUUUAUUUGGAUUGAGUUGACAGCGUCUCAUCUGUCUCACAGCCUCUCAGGCUGGACAUCAAGCGGAAGCUGACAGCCCGGUCGGACCGGGUGAAGAGUGUGGACCUCCACCCGACCGAGCCGUGGAUGCUGGCCAGCCUGUACAAUGGUAGUGUCUGCGUCUGGAACCAUGAAACACAGGUACAUACACACCGUUUGAUGUUGAAUACUUGGAGAUACAUAAUGGAGAUAAACAGCUCUAAGCUAAACUUGUAUGCAAUGAAUGAGAAUGUACAAUUUGUAAAUAUAUCCUUUCCAGACCUUGGUGAAGACCUUCGAAGUGUGUGACCUUCCAGUGAGAGCAUCGAAGUUUGUAGCCAGGAAGAACUGGGUCAUAACAGGAGCGGUGAGUGAUACUUUAAAUUCAGGACAAGCAUCUAGAUAAUGAGAAAUGAGAACAUCUGAUGGUUUAUCUUCCACCACUUUGCGUGGACUUUAAGAAUGGCGACUACACGCUUACUGUAUUUGCAGGGUCAUAUAAUGUCUUUCUCCCCUUCUCUCUGUAGGAUGACAUGCAGAUCCGUGUGUUCAACUACAACACCCUGGAGAGGGUUCACAUGUUUGAGGCCCACUCUGACUACAUCCGCUGUAUCGCCGUGCAUCCCACCCAGCCCUACAUCCUCACAAGCAGUGGUACACAAUCAGUAACUUCUCUUUUAUGACCCGCGUUGUUUUAUACGCGGGUCAAAUACACAAACUCAUUAUCUAUCACACAAGUAUUAUAUUAACUAAUUGUUCCAUCCUGUGUGUGUGUGUCUCCAGACGACAUGCUGAUUAAGCUGUGGGACUGGGAGAAGAAGUGGUCUUGCAGCCAGGUGUUCGAGGGUCACACCCACUACGUCAUGCAGAUCGUCAUCAACCCUAAAGACAACAACCAAUUUGCCAGCGCUUCUCUGGACAGAACCAUCAAGGUGACUUUACCACACAAGUCGUGUGUGUGUGCUUAUAACAACCUAGUGUAGAUGUUUGUGAAUAGUGUGAGUGUAUGCAUUUGACUGACUCAUCCUCUGUCCUAUUCCAGGUGUGGCAGCUAGGCUCUUCUGCUCCUAACUUCACCCUUGAGGGCCAUGAGAAAGGUGUCAACUGCAUUGACUACUACAGCGGAGGGGACAAGCCCUACCUUAUAUCAGGAGCUGAUGACCGCCUGGUCAAGAUCUGGGACUACCAGGUAAGACGGCUGAGGAAUGAAACAAUUAACACUUUUAGCCUGAGAAAGCUGAGCUGGUAACCUGUUCAGCAGAUGGGUUUUCUGGUCUUUGAUGAUACUGGAUUUUGUCUGAAUGUGUAUCGGUCCAGGCAAAUGUCUCACACUCCUGUCCUGUGUCUCUUUAGAAUAAGACGUGUGUGCAGACCCUGGAGGGACACGCCCAGAAUGUGUCGUGUGUCAGUUUUCACCCAGAGCUGCCCAUCAUCAUCACAGGCUCAGAGGACGGUGAGUAAAUAAAUACCUUAUGCACUCUAUUAGAUUCUGAUCCUUUGUAGAUACUUGUUCUGUUGGUGGUGAGCAGAUGAAUGGCUAUGUAUUAGCUCCAACUCUAUACAAUAUGUGCAUGGUUUUUACAUAUAAAAAAGUGAAAUAAAUAAAACCUCACAAACAUGCACUUGAGCAAACAAUCACAAUUCUGAAAGAAAACAAUCCUUCCUCUGGUUCCAUAGGCACUGUGCGCAUCUGGCACUCGAGUACGUACCGCCUGGAGAGCACGCUGAACUACGGCAUGGAGCGUGUGUGGUGUGUGUGUGGCCUGCGAGGCUCCAACAAUGUGGCCCUGGGCUACGACGAAGGCAGCAUCAUCAUCAAGGUGUGGAAUAGAAACUUCAAUGGCCAUAUACACUACAUGACCAAAAGUAUGUGGACACCUGCUCGUCGAACAUCUCAUUCCAAAAUCAUGGGCAUUUAUAUGGAGUUGGUUCCCCCUUUGCUGCUAUAACAGCCUCCACUAGAUUUUUUAACAUUGCUGCAGGGACUUGCUUCCAUUCAGCCACAAGAGCCUUAGUGAGGUCAGGCACUGAUGUUGGGCGAUUAGGCCUGGCUCACAGUUGGCGUUCCAAUUCAUACUAAAGGUGUUCGAUGGGGUUGAGGUCAGGGCUCUGUGCAGUCCCGUCAAGUUUUUCCACACCGAUCUCUACAAACCAUUUCUGUAUGGACCUCGCUUUGUGCACGGGGGCAUUGUCAUGCUGAAAUGGGAAAGGGCCUUCCCCAAACUGUUGCCACAAAGUUGGAAGCACAGAAUCAUCUAGAAUGUCAUUGUAUGCUGUAGCGUUAAGAUUUCCCUUCACUGGAACUAAGGGGCCUAGCUCGAACCAGGAAAAACAGCCCCAGACCAUUAUUCCUCCUCCACCAAACUUUACAGUUGACACUAUGCAUUCGGGCAGGUAGCGUUCUCUUGGCAUCUGCCAAACCCAGAUUUGUCCUUCGGACUGCCAGAUGGUGAAGCGUAAUUCAUCACUCCAGAGAACGCGUUUCCACUGUUCGAGAGUCCAAUGGCUGCGAGCUUUACACCACUCCAGCCGACGCUUGGCAUUGCGCAUGCAUGGUGAUCUUAGGCUGGUGUGCGGCUGCUCGGCCAUGGAAACCCAUUUCAUGAAGCUCCCGACAAACCGUUCUUGUGCUGACGUUGCUUCCAGAGGCAGUUUGGAAGUCUGUAAUGAGUGUUGCAACCGAGGACAGACGAUUUGUACGCGCUAUGCGCUUCAGCACUCGGCGGUCCUGUUCUGUGAGCUUGUGUGGCCUUUGUUGCUCCUAGACGUUUCCACUUCACAAUAACAGCACUUCCAGUUGACCGGGGCAGCUCUAACAGGGCAGAAAUUUGAAGAACUGACUUGUUGGAAAAGUGGCAUCCUAUGACAGGACCACGGUGAAAGUCACUGAGCUCUACAGUAAGGCCAUUCUACUGCCAAUGUUUGUCUAUGGAGAUUGCAUGGUUGUGUGCUCGAAUUUAUACACCUGUCAGCAACGGGUGUUUCUGGAAUAGCCGAAUCCACUAAUUUGAAGGGAUGUCCACAUACUUUUUGUAUAUAUAGUGUUUUUGUGCAUAAGAUUCAAAACUGAAGAACGACAGAUGAUUCACAAUGUUUCACAAUACAGAGUUUGAUAAAAUUUCAGUUUGUACACUUUGCGCACAUACUCUUUAAAAGUACCCUUCUAUGUUGAAACAACUACUCGGUGACAUCUCCUCUGAAAGCCAUGGUACUUUACUCAGUCCGUCCUCAUCUCCUCCUCCCAUGUGUGCUGUAGCUGGGGCGUGAGGAGCCAGCCAUGUCCAUGGACACCAAUGGGAAGAUCAUCUGGGCCAAGCACUCAGAGGUGCAGCAGGCCAACCUGAAGGCCAUGGGCGACACAGAGAUCAAGGACGGAGAGAGGCUGCCGCUGGCUGUCAAAGACAUGGGCAGCUGUGAGAUCUACCCCCAGACCAUCCAGCACAACCCCAACGGAAGGUCAGUCCACACUGCAUUGGAGUCCGACGUCAGCUAUUCAGUGAACCUAUUAAAUGUCUUGCACAACAACUACAUGUUAGUGUUUGUGUGCCACACAUUUAGAGGCAAAGAAGUUGUUUUCAAAUGUUUGGAGAAAUAUGAAAUUCAUAUUUCUCCAAACACUUCAAGUCUGUUGGAAAUCUGGAUAUUUUAUGGAGCCUCUCUUUAAUCCAAAUGUGUUGUUUGUGUUGUCAGGUUUGUUGUGGUGUGUGGAGACGGAGAGUAUAUCAUCUACACUGCAAUGGCCCUGAGGAACAAGAGCUUCGGCUCAGCCCAGGAGUUUGUCUGGGCCCACGACUCCUCAGAGUGAGUCCAACACACACACACACACACAUUCUUUGCUAUGGAAGGUUACUGUCUGUCAGUGGUUAAUGUGCGCGGUCUUCCUUGUCACAGGUAUGCCAUCAGGGAAAGCAGCAGUUUGGUCAAAAUCUUCAAGAACUUCAAGGAGAAGAAGUCUUUCAAGCCAGACUUUGGGGCUGAAGGUAAGUGGAAGAGAUCAGACGCAGGUAGUUCGUAGUGUGAACAAAGAUACUGCAUAAAAAUUAUUAUGGCAGUUUUGAUUGAACCUGGCAGGCAACCGAUUUUUGUAAAAAUGUUUUGCAACAGAAAACAAAAAUGUGCUUUUUUUUAUUGGACAUGUCCAGGUAGUCACUCCCUGUUUGUCUGUUUUGGGUACCUAAUGAAUACUACCCUGAUGUCACAUUAAGCUUCCUGGGUGUGUGUGCAGGUAUCUAUGGAGGCUUCUUGCUGGGCGUCAGGUCAGUGAACGGUCUGGCCUUCUAUGACUGGGAGAACACAGAGCUGAUCCGCCGCAUCGAGAUCCAGCCCAAACAUGUAAGUACUGCUGUAGAGAAAAUGGCAUCUUUAUCAGAAUAUAGAUGGGUGCAAGAGUGUCCUAUCAUGUACAAGUGUUUUGUUUUGGUCAAUGUUUGUUUUUACACCUAGUACCGUAUUGAUAGAAAUGUGCAUAUGACACAAUUGCAUUAUCAUCAUCAUGAAAUCAGGACUGUAAGUGAAGCACGAGAACACUGCAUCUCCCUCUCUCAUUCCCUCUCUCUCUGAUUGUAGAUCUUCUGGUCAGACUCAGGGGAGUUAGUGUGUAUAGCCACAGAGGAUUCCUUCUUCAUCCUGCGCUACCUGUCGGAGAAAGUGGCCGCCUCCCAAGAGAACAAUGAGGGCGUGACAGAGGACGGCAUCGAAGACGCCUUUGAGGUGUGUGUGUGUGUGUGUGUGUGUGUGUGUGUGUGUGACAGGCUAAUAGACUAGUAGACUAUGCUACUCUACAAGCGAGGCUUAUGGUUUCAACUGAAGACAAAGCACAAUGCCUAUAGCCAUCCAGUAGAGGGCACUAGUGAACACUCAACAUCUGCCCACCCUCCCUCCCCAAUCUGGCUGCCAUUUUGUGUCUUGAUCUACCAGGUCCAGGGGGAGAUCCAGGAAGUGGUGAAGACAGGUCUGUGGGUGGGAGACUGCUUCAUCUACACCAGCUCUGUCAACAGACUCAACUACUUUGUGGGGGGAGAGAUUGUCACCAUCGCUCACCUGGACAGGUACGGUGAACCAGGGUCGUAUAUUUAUUAGUGCACAGCGUAGCAAUAUAUUUUGCAACGGAAAACAAAAAGAAGCGUUUCUAUAAGACAUUAUCUAUCUGCUCCAUCCGUAGGACCAUGUACCUGCUGGGCUACAUCCCCAAGGAUGACCGCCUGUACCUGGGCGACAAAGAGCUCAACAUUGUCAGCUACUCCCUGCUGGUGUCUGUGCUGGAGUACCAGACGGCUGUGAUGCGCAGGGACUUUGGCAUGGCUGACAAAGUGUUGCCCACCAUCCCCAAGGAGCAGAGGACCCGUGUGGCCCACUUCCUGGAGAAACAGGUCAGAACCAGGAACUUCCUGAUCUCGAAGGAAGUGAGGCAUGUAGAAUGGGGUAUUUUAACUCUAUGGUGGAGCUGGGGGGGGGCUGAGUAGAUUCUAGCUACUCUAUGGAAUGUUAUAGGGUGUCCAAUCCAAAACGCAUCUUUUGACCAAAGGGUAAAAUAAUGUUAAUUGUGUAUAUAAUCCUCCUAAGAAAACCAAUGGUCCAAACCUCAUGUCUCAAAAGCUGAGUUUUUACCCUUGUAGGAUGGCCAGAAUUAGGGAGACUAAAUCAAUGGAGGCCAGAGGAAAAAAGUAGUAAAAUCAGGAAAAUUGCAUCGCGUCAGCUAGGCUGGAUUCUCUGCAAGGCUCACUUUCACGUUGAACUCGUCAUCUUUCUUCUCGAAUCCGCAGGACAUAAAACAAUAUAGAGGUAAGAUGGAUAUCGAUUUUGAGACAUGACGUAGUAUUUUAAUAUUUUUGUAUAAGCUUCUCAUAUUAAUUUGAAAUUCCUGGUCUUUUUAGAAGUAUUCUUACAAAAACAAGCGUAUCUCUGAAAUGUCAAUGGAGCACUGACUGUAUACCAGGCUUUUUAUUUUCAAAGCCUUUUACAUUUAAUUCAGCUUGUGUUAUGCUAAUUUAGCUUUUUGCGAUCCACUGAAACAACUUUGAAGACGACGACCACAAAAUGUUAAAUCCUCAAAAGUUGUUACGAUUAACCUGCACCGCUAUGUCAAUAGAGCUCGGUGAUUCUUAUCAGAUGUAUUAGGUUACGAAAUCCAACUUUUUGGAUAUAAUGUCAAUGAUUAGUAAUGGGUAGAAAAAUGUAUACUGUUACAUAUCGGGAUAUUAUUUUUGAUGAUAUAUAAUUCUGGGCUCUUCAUCUUCAACACGAAUCAAGCCGCGUUUGUGUGGCUGCUGUUGUAUGUUGUGAGAACUAACUGUGUGUUUGUGUGAAAUGCUACUAUGUUUACUGAUAUGGUCUUUUUGGUCAUCCCAGGGCUUCAAGCAGCAGGCUCUGGCCGUGUCGUCAGACUCGGAGCACAGGUUUGAGCUGGCCCUGCAGCUGGGGGAGCUGAAGAUCGCCUAUCAGCUGGCUGUGGAGGCAGAGGUGAGACCUAAAAUACACUAGGCUAUGGAGAGACCACUUCACACACUACAAGCGGGUUCAAAGGCUAUAAAAAUCAAAUCCAAUUUGAUUUGCCACGCGCCGAAUACAACUGGUGUAGACUUUACCGUGAAAUGCUUACUUACGAGCACUUCCCAACGAUGCAGAGUAAAUAAAUAAAUAAAAUAAUAUGAAUAAAAUAGUAACACAAGGAAUAAAAUACACAAGAAUGGAGCUGUAUACAGGGAGUACCAGUACCAGAUCAAUUACGAGGGAUUUGAGGUAGAUAUGUACAUGAAGGCAGGGUAAAGUGACUAGUCAUCAGGAUAGAGAAUAAUAAGAGUAAAAUAAAGAACAGAGUAGCAGCAGCAUAUGAGUGUAAAAGUGUGUCUGUGUGGGUGCUUAUGUAGUGUAUGUGAAUUUGUGUGGGAGUGCCAAUGUAGUGAGUGUGUGUGUGUGUAUAUGGUUUGUAUACACUUAGUGUACAAAACAUUAAGAACACCUUAAUAUUGAGUUGCACCCCACCCCCCUUUUGCCCUCAGAAAAGCCUCCAUUCGUCGGGGCAUGGACUCUAUAAGGUGUCAAGCGUUCCGCAGGGAUGCUGGCCCAUGUUGACUCCAAUGCUUCCCACAGUUGUCAACUUGGCUGGAUGUCAUUUGGGUGGUGGACCAUUCUUGAUACACAUGGGAAGCUGUUGAGCGUGAAACUCAGCAGCGUUGCAGUUUUUGAUACAAACUGGUGCGCCUGGCACCUACUACCAUAAAGCUGUUUAAAGGCACUUAAAUCUUUUGUCUUGCCCAUUCACCCUCUGAAUGGCACACACUCAAUGUCUCAAUUGUGUCAGGGCUUAAAAAUCCUUAUUUAACAUGUCUCCUCCCCUUCAUCUACACUGAUUGAAGUGGAUUUAACAAGUGACAUCAAUAAGAGAUCAUAGCUUUUGCCUGGAUUCACCUGGUCAGUCUGUCAUGGAAGGUGUUCCUAAUGUUUUGUACACUCAGUAUAUAUAUAUAUAUAUAUUAGUCUAGUGAGCAUGCAUGCGUGGGGUCAGUGCAGAUAGUUCGGGAACCAUUAAUUGACUAUUUAGCAGCUUUAUGGCUUGGGGGUAGAAGCUGUCUCUGAACCUGUUGUUCUGAGAGCCGACGCUCCGGUACCAUUUGUUGGAUGGUAGCAGAGUGAACAGUCUAUGGUUUGGGUGGCUGGAGUCUGGCAAUUUUUUGGGCCUUCCUCUGACACCACCUGAUAUAGAGGUCCUGGAUGGCAGGGAGCUCGGCCCCAGUGAUGUACUGGGCUGUCCGCACCACCCUCUGUAGCACUUUGCGGUCAAGGGCAGUGCAUUUACCAAACCAAGCGGUGAUGCAGCCAUUCAAGAUGCUCUCGAUGGUGCAGCUUUAGACCUUUUUGAGGAUCUGAGGGCCCAUGCCAAAUCUAUUCAGCCUCCUGAGGGGGAAGAGGAGCUGCCAUGCCCUCUUCACGACUGUGGACCAUGUUAAGUCCUUAGUGAUGUCAAUGCCAAGGAACUUGAAGCUCCCGACCCCGCUCCACUACAGCCCCAUUGAUGUGGAUGGGGGCGUACUCUCCCUGCUUUCUCCUGUAGUCCAUGAUCAGCUCCUUGGUCUUACUGACAUUGAGGGGAGAGGUUGUUAUCCUGGCACCACACUGCUAAGUCUCUGACCUCCUCCCUGUAGGCUGUCUCAUCGCUGUUGGUGAUCAGGCCUACCACCGUCGUGUAGUCAACAAACUUGAUGAUUGAGUUGGAGUCGUGUGUGGCCACGCAGUUGUGGGUGAACAGGAGGGGACUAAGCACACACCCCUGAAGGGUCCCCGUGUUGAGGGUCAGCGUGACGGAGGUGUUGUUGCCUACCCUCACCACCUGGGGCCGGCCCGUCAGGAAGUCCAGGAUCCAGUUGCAGAGAGAGGUGUUCAGUCCCAGGGUCCCUAGCUUGGUGAUUAGCUUGGAGGAGACUAUGGUGUUGAACCCUCCGCUGUAGUCUAUGAACAGCAUUCUCAUAUAGUUAUUUCCCCUCUUGUCUAGGUGGGAGAGGGCAGUGUGAAGUGCAAUUGAGAUUACGUCAUCUGUGGAUCUGUUGGGGUGGUAUGUGAAUUGGAGUGGGUCUAGGGUGUCUGGGAUGAUGGUGUAUCAUGACCAGCCUUUCAAAGCACUUCAUAAUUACAGAUGCGAGUGCUACAGGGCGAUAGUCAUUUAGGCAGGUUACCUUGGAGUUCUUGGGAACAGGGACAAUGGUGGUCAGCUUGACACAUGUUUGGAUUACAGACUGGAACAAUAGGGGAUUGAAAAUGUCUGUGAAGACACUUGCCAGCUGGUCUGAGCAUGCUUUGAGAACGCGCCCUGGUAUUCAGUCUGGCCCUGUGAUUGUUAACCUGUACACAUGAAAUUGUUUCAUUCCGAACUUUAUCCUCAGCGUUACAUUCCAUUUUGUGUGACUCGGCCUGCACAGAUGCGCGGGGGAAACAGCACAACGCGACCAAAAUGUAUUAUAACGUUGUGAAUAAAGUUCUGAAUGACACAAUUUCAUGUGUACAUCUAAAGACCUACAUGACUAUACCGAGAGCGUGUCCGUUUCUAAAAGUACGUAUUUUGGUGUUUAUGGAGCUUUUGUUGUUGUUUUUUGUGUGCCCUGAUACUGCACAAUGAGCUAUGAGGAAGUGAAGCGUUGCUGGGGUAAGUUUCUCAAAAACAAGCCAAAUCACACAAAAAGUUUCUGGACCCUUCUAAAACAUGCAAUUUGCAUCGAAAGGAGCAAUGUAAAUGGCUCCCCACGUUAGUCGCCUCCCCCCAGAAACAAUGCCUCUGGUUGAGCGGAUUCUUGUUCGUUUAUGGCCCCAUACAGUUCGUCGAGUGCCAGAGUGGUGUUGGAUUGUAGAGAGACAGCUGUGAUGAUUAUGGAUAAGAACUCUCUUGGUAGAGAAAAGGGUCUGCAGUUACCAUGACAUAUUCUGUAUCAGGUGAGCAAAAGCUUGAGAUUUCCUUAACACUGGAAGCAGCACACUAGUUGUUAUUUAUGAAAAAACACACCCCUCCUCCUUUAGACUUGCCCGACGCUGCCAAUCCGAUCGUGCCUCUGCAUGGAGAAUCCACUAAGGACUAUGUGCAUAGUGUCAUCAUCAUACAUGUCAGUCGUUCACCAAUGAGUUAUUCAAUACUGAAGACAGUAUCUGCUUGUUUUAAAUCUAUUCAGUCAACAUCUGAUUUAGAUCUGAAUGGACUGUGUACUCAAUCAAAUUGUUAAAUUGAUUAACUGUCCUUCAACUAGGCAGCCCUGCACUAAACAAUGCUGAACUAAAUGAUUGUUUUAGCUUGAAGUGAGGAUUCAACUCCAUACAAUAGUCUAACCGACAGUACUGUAUAACAUGUAUAUAUCUCUAUAACAUUAGAACCGUUUCCUUUUUCUCUGGUGGCAGUCGGAGCAGAAGUGGAAGCAGCUGGCAGAGCUGGCCAUCAGUAAGUGCCAGUUUAGCCUGGCCCAGGAGUGCCUCCACCAUGCCCAGGACUACGGCGGCCUGCUGCUGCUCGCCACUGCCUCGGGCAACGCCUCCAUGGUGGGCAAGCUGGCCGAGGGCGCUGAGCGGGACGGCAAGAACAACGUGGCCUUCAUGACUUACUUCCUGCAGGGGAAGUGAGUACAAGGGAGGGUAGAGGGGUCCACGACAAUGUCAUAUCCAGCUCAAUUACAUAUCCAGCUUUCCUAAAUACAGUAGCAUUUAAUAAGUUACAAUAAGGUCUUGGAAUCCUACACGACACUACUCCUGUAUGUAUGAUCUAUGAUGGGAGCAUGUGAUCAGUAGCAGUGAUUUGGACCUGUCUCUGAUACUGGUCUCAGUCCCUUGUCUGUCUGUUUUUCCCCAGACUGGACCACUGUCUGGAGCUGCUGAUCCGGACCAACCGGCUGCCCGAGGCGGCCUUCCUGGCCCGCACCUACCUGCCCAGCCAGGUGUCCAGGGUGGUCAAGCUGUGGAGGGAGAGCCUGGCCAAGGUCAACCAGAAGGCGGCCGAGUCGCUAGCCGACCCCACCGAGUAUGAGAACCUGUUCCCCGGGCUGAAGGAGUCGUUUGUGGCUGAGCAGUUCCUCCGGGAGACCUGCCUGGGAAACUCCCGGCCAGCCACCGACUACCCUCUGGUCACAGUGAGUGGUGGGGGUUUGAUGUGGGACACAAUAAAUUAAAUGGAAAUAUCUGGCUUGCAAAUCUAAACUGAAAGCUAGCUAUGGAUGCGUACUUGCUGCACAGGAGUAGUCCAACUUGAAUAAGUAGUUCAUCCUUAUCUCUUCCAUUGCUGUCUUCUGCUUAUUUACUCACAAUACCCAUAUCUUGUGUCUCUUUUUUCCAGCCCAAUGAAGAACGUAAUAUACUAGAGGAGGCCACGGGCUACGAGCCCAAAGGAGCUCCCCUCUCCCUCGCCACACUGGUACCGGUAUGUCUGCUUUUCAGAGACCUUCACUAUACAGUCGAAGUAGUAGUCAACUUGAUCAAAGGCCUUUUAUUUAGAUCUACACAGACUAGGUGUUUUUUCUAUUAUAGGCCGUGAAGUUAGAGAUUAGAGUUUCACGUCUAGAAAUGCAUUCACGCGUUGGCUGGAUUGAUGGGCAAGACCGAGACAGCUGAAAACAGAGUCCUGCUCAUGUCUAUGUGUCUGUCAGCAGGCUGAAGACAGCAGGGAGGAAGAGACCACGCCGGCUGCUGGCGUGAUGGCGGCCGUGACUGCCCCGGUGGCUGCAGCCGUGAUCCCCUCGGAGCCAGAGGCUGCACCUGCAGAAGAAGAGGAGGAGGAGGAGGAGGAAGGGGAGGAGGAGAGCCCCGGUUCAUCUGAGGCACUAAAGGACAAGGUAGGCAACAGUCUCCCUAGAAAGACAAAUGUAUAGUACGGCAGACACUGGACAAGUAAUGCACUGUACCCAACGAGAAGAAAAGUAUAUGUGUCAGUACCAUUAGUUGUGUUAUGGGCCAGAUGUUAACGUGUGUUUUUUCCCCCAGGCCCUGGACGAACUUGACGAUGACCUGGACAACAUGGAGCUGGACGACAUCGAUACCGCAGACGUCAACCUGGAUGACGACUUCUCAGACGACUGAGACCCCCCCCUCCCCCCAUCUCAUCCAC